CACAAUCAGUUCUUAUAUUUAAGAUCGUCUUAAGAUUUAACAUUUCAACCAACCAGGACAGUUGUAUGAGCUUAUUUAAGACGAUUUUAAAUAUAAGAAUUGACUAUGAAUAUCGGUCCAAGUAGAACAAAAAGAAUAAAGAUUUCUUGAUUGGAUAAUUAAAUGCUACUCUAUCCGUCGAGAAUUUUGGAACGUAACUUUGGGCCCGCUCUUAACUCCCGCCCUUUUAAAUUCGAUUCGAUUCGAUUUAAAUCUCGAACCGGACUGAUCAAAUUCGAAGAAGGACGAGUAUGUUGAAUUGACAAUUGAAUAUUGUCUAUUUAUUUAUGAUGAUUAUUAAGCUCCUUUGCAGGGUGCAAUGGAAUAAUUUGUGUGAGUACAAAAAAUGCGAAAUGAAAUGAGAUAUUCAAAUAUAAAACUAUUUCUUAUAAAAAAGUUUCCAACGAGCAAUCGACAGGUUAUUCUAUUGGAAUUGACCAAUCGCAAUUUAUCCGCAAAUUUAACAACAAAUACGAUUAGUCAAUUCCAAUGAAAUAAUCGAUCGAUUAAAUUAACUGGAAUUGAUGAAAGUGGCCCUGAUAGUGAGAUCGGUCCUCAUAUUUGUCAUACGAUAAAAUGUUUUUCGAACGUGUUGAUUGGUUAUAGAGCAGUGGAAUUUUCUAGAAAUAUUUUAUCCUGCAGCCAAUCAAUACAUCCAAAAAGACUCUAGGAUUGACGUAUCUUGCUUAUGUUUUAUUUCUCUCUAUUAUCAUUAUCUCUUAUUUCUUUCUAUUCAAUGGUUCUGGAUCCGUCGUUUUGUUGACGUGAUAGUUUUGAAUUUGGAUGUAUUUACACCAAAUAAUUAUUAUACAGAGAGAAAUUGUAUUAUAUCAACUAUUAAAACAUAAAAGUACUACUUGCUAGCAAUAAUCUAUCUAUAAUUUAUCUAUAAAGUAAAAAAAAAAAGAAAAGAAGAGAAAGGAAGAUUGAUUAUUAUUAACGUUGUGUUUUUAUAAUUUAAAAUUAAAUAAUUGUUACGCAGAGACAUAAGUCAUGAGUUAUUUUAGCGAUCUGCAUCAAAUAUCAGAUAUUUCUAGUAUUUCGACAAUCCCCCCAUCCAGCACAUUAAUCGAUAGAGUCGAUUUGUCACAAAGUUUAAGUUUAAACAAUCAUUCUAAUGUUGUAAGAAGUAAUCAUAAGUUUGCGAUAACUCAAGAAACAAGUACAGUCGAAAAAGCAAUAAACUCUUUGGUAUUAUGUGAAGAAAAUAUUAGUGAGCGUAUAAAAACCAAUAUUGUCUAUCAGUGUAUAAAGAAAGCAUCUUUGAAUCACAAAGAUGUUCUGUCGAAAAGCACAGCGAACAAAUUACAAACAUUGCUUUUGAUUUAUCAAUUAGACAAAUAUAUGAAUCUUCCUUCAACAACGAAACAUAUACCAGAUGAACUAAAACUUUUGGGAAUUAUUGAUUUACCAUCAUGUGAUUUAAAUUCUGAUGAGAAAUUAGAAGUAAAAUGUUGCAUCGAGACAAUGCUACGAGAAAUAAUACAUGAUACAAUAUUAAGAUAUGAAGCCUUAGGUGGAAAUGCUAAAGAAGCAUUGAAGGAUAACGAAUGUAACACGCGCAACAAAUUCUUAAAAUGUUAUGAUGUAUCAGCAGUACAAUGGAAAAAUAAAAAUGAAGAUUUGAUUUUGCAAUAUGAAAAUAACUUGCUGAAAUAUAUAAACUUAAUUGAUAAAUGGAAUAAGCUAAAAUAUGAAGAUACAAGCCAAGCAUAUUUAGAAAAAACAGGAUAUUUAUUACUGCAGGCACAAGUUGCCGAAUUACAAGCAAAGAUAACAAAGCUUUCUUGCACGAUCAGAAUGUUCAAAGAAACUCCAACUACUAUUGAUGCUUUUAAAAUAUUAAAUCAAUUAGUUGAAGAAAAAUUAAAAACAAUCACGGAUGAAAUCUACCAAAAGGAAGACUUGAAGAAACGUUAUGAUAAUUUGAAAAAUACAGAAUACGAUCAGAUAUUAUCUAUCUAUUUACAGUUGUGCAAUGCAAUAAAAAAGAAAAGACACAUCUUGGGUAUGCUGUAAAUAAAUAGAAGAUUUUGCGAUUUGAAUGAUUAAAAUGAUGUGUAUUUGAU